AUGCAGCGGCGUCAGCAGCGGCAGCAGCAACAGCAGCAGCAGCAGCAGCAGCAGGCGAUGGCGUUCGCCGGCGGCGGCAGCCCGGGGGCGCUGGAGGGCGGCGGCAGCAGCGGCAGCGGCGCGUGGUCAAACAUUUGCUUUGACCAGGACGAGGUGGAGGCGGAGGAGGACCCGGGGAUCAGCCAGGAGGAGCUAGCCUUCCGCAUGUGGCUCAACUCCCUGGGCCUGCCCACCAAAUGCACCAGCCUGUUUGGGCCGGAGGUGCGCAGCGGCUGGCUGCUGCUCGAGGUGCUCGACCACCUGCAGCCCGGCUGCGUCAACUGGGCGCUCGCCAACCGCCCGCCGUUCCGCCGGGACGCGGGCGGCCUGCCGCGCGGGCUGGAGAACUGCGGGCUGCUGCUGGAGACGGCGCAGGAGGCGCUGGGGCUGCGGCUCGUGUCCAUGGGGCCACAUGACAUCAUAGCAGGGCGGCGGAAGCCCAUCCUUUCGCUGGUCUACCAGCUCAUGCGAUUCCAUGUCCUGCAGGUCCUUGAGUCACUGGGCGGCGACGAUGACGACCGCAAUGCUGACGAGGCGCCGCAGCCCUUGUCGACGCCGCGUUCGGCGGCACCGCUGUCGGCGGGCGGCGGCCCCCCCGCGUUGCCGCUGCUGCCGACCCCGCGCGGCGCGGGGGCGCCGAAGGACCCCCCGGCGCCGGGGACGCCGGGGCCGCCCGACAAAAGCGGCGGCGCGGAGCGCGCGCCGCGCAGCAGCGACGGCGGGGAGGGCAGCGGCAGCGGGGACGGCGCGGAUGCGCCAGGCGCGGAAAGGAUGAGCAGCCACCUGCAUCACAUGAUCAGCGCAUCUGCCGCCGACGCCGCGGCCGCCGUCAAGGCCGCCGCUGCUGUCGUCUCCGCCUCCGCCGCAUCCGGCCACCCCUCCCCUCCGCGCGCCGGCCGCACCAGCAGCUUCUGCGGCGGCGGCGCGAGCGCGGGCGGCGGCGCGCCCGGCGGCGGCAGCUGCGGGGGCAGCGGCGCGGGGACGCCGCGGGGGGCGCGGUCGUCGGCGGGCGGCGGCGUCGGCGGCAGCCUGGUGUUUGGUUCCAGCUCCAUCAAGCAGCGGCGGCGGCCUCUGAGGGUGACGGAGGGUGACAUCAUCGCUUGGGCCAAUGGCAAGAUGCUGGGGUUGCAGGGACCCUGGGUGCCGGCAGCGGCGGAAGACAAACAGGCAUUGCAGCAGCAGCAGCAGCAGCAGGAGGAGGAGGACGGGCAGCUGCGAGUGCAGGAGCUUGUGUUGGGCGACGACCCUCUAGCAGGAAGGCGCCCGGCAGCUGCCGUGCCGCCGCUGCCGCUGCCGCCACGGGCGGGCGCGGAGGCGGAUGCGUCGGGGCCGGGUGGGAUGGGCGCGCCGCGGCUGUUCGGCAGUUUCAGGGACCCUUCCUUGGCGACCGGCGUGGCGGUGCUGCAGGUCCUCGGCGCGGUCUCGCCCGGCUGCGUCGACCCCGCGUUUAUAGCGCCCGGUGCGGACGCGGCGGAGCGCGAGGCCAAUGCGCGGUACGCGCUGGCGGUGGCGCGGCGGAUUGGGGUGUCGACGUUCCUGCUGUGGAAUGACGUCACCUCGGUGGAUGAGUGGGUGGGUUUGCAGGUGCAGCCCCGGUUGAUGCUGGUGCUGUUUGCUGCUUUGAUGGCUUUCGACCAGCAGAAGCGGCGUCAGCAGCAGCAGCAGCAGCACGUGCAGGCAGAAGUUUCUGCACGGCAGCGGCAGCAGGGGCAGGCCUAG